AUGAAGGAUGGAAGCAAACCUGCAUUCUCAUACAAGAACACUCAAGCACAACUCAAUCCACCUCCUCCACCUCGCAACAACUUUAAUGCACCACCAGGUUUUCAAGCUAGAGCACCAUUCAAUCUCAUGUCAAUCAAGGUGUUAAUCAGCAACCUCCUCCAAUUCAACAGAAAAGCAACUUGGAGUUAUGAUGGAGAACCUUUUAGCCCAACAAACAACUUCAUGGCUCAACAGGUGGGCCAAUUAUCAAAAGCUCCUGGUCAUUUUCCAGGUAAUAGUGAACAACCACCUAAGGCUCAUAUCAAUGCUGUGAUUUUGAGGAACGGAAAAGAGCUACAAGAUCAUCCUUUGAAGGAGCCAUCAAAAAGAACUGUGGAAGAGACGGUUCAAACUAGAAAGUGGUUGGCCCGUGCAAAAUUAGAGAAGAAAUAUGGGAAGUUCCUUGAUAUACUGAAGAAGUUGCACAUAAACAUACCAUUCUUGGAGGCUAUCUCUGAGAUGCCAUCUUAUGCAAAAUUUCUGAAAGACAUGCUCUCAAACAAGCGGAAGAUCGAGGAAAAUGCAACUGUUUCACUUACAGCAGAAUGUAGUGCUAUUUUGCAGAAUAAACUUCCCAAGAAGCUAGGAGAUCCGGGUAGCUACUCUAUUCCUGUGAAGCUAGGAGAUAUGAAAUAA